AUGCAGAUCAACUGGAAGACAUGGUUUGUUGUGUCGUCGCUCGUCAGCGCUACCCUCGGACUUCCGCCCUCCGGCCACGGAAAUGAGACGGACCUCAUCUGCAGACCGUUUGGUACAUGUGAACCAUGCCCAGAGGAUGCGCUCCACGAGCCCUUUUGCCAGCCAUUCGGGAACCGCAAACUAGUGCACUGCUACCCGGCUUCCGCAUCCCCGUCCAACUCUCCUCACUUCCAAGACUAUGUGGGUCCCGAGCCGCCCCCGCUUUACGAUGAUCAACCGCCGCCUCGCCCAGACCCCGAGCCGACGCAGGGUGCCAUCCCCGCGUGGGAGUCUUGCGGGCGGAUCGUGGAGAAAGAGCGCGCGGACUUCUACGAGUUCCUCGCGUGCAAUUUUGCUAUCGCCAUCGUUGCCCUCAUCGUCCUCUUCGCGCGGUCAAAGCGUCUGCAAGCAAUGCAUGCGCGGCAGCUGGCGGCGCGGAUUGGGCUCGUGCGAGGCGCACCCGGGGGCUGGACGAAUGGCUGA